GCCUGCGCGGGGAGAGCGGAGCUGGGGCGGCGCGGAGGGAGAAGCGGGCCGGGCUGGCAGCAGCAGCGGCGCCCAUGGGCGAGAAGCGGGUGCUGUGCGUGGGGCUGGUGUGCCUGGACAUCAUCAGCGUCGUGGAGCGAUACCCGGCCGAGGAUUCGGACACCAGGUGCCUGUCGCAGCGAUGGCAGCGCGGGGGCAACGCUUCCAACACGUGCACCGUCCUGGCCCUGCUGGGCGCCCCCUGCGCCUUCAUGGGCUCCCUGGCGCCUGGCCACGCCGCAGACUUCGUCCGUGAGGAUUUCCAGCGCUACGAGGUGGAGCUCGCCCACGUGGUCCCGCGCCCGGCGUGCGCCCUGCCCACCUCCAUGGUGAUCAGCAACUCCACGACGGGCACCCGGACCAUCCUGCACGCCGCGAGGUGCUUGGGCAACCUUCCAGAAGUGACGGCUGCUGACUUUGAGCAGGUCAACCUGUCUCGAUACAAGUGGAUCCACUGGGAGGGCAGGAAUGCCUCUGAGCAGGUGAAGAUGAUCCAGCGUGUGGAGGCGCAUAACAGGACCUGCCCGCCGUCCGACCGAGUGACCACGUCCGUGGAGGUGGAGAAGACGCGGCCGGAGCUGUACCAGCUCUUCAGCUAUGGAGACGUGGUCUUUGUCAGCAAGGACGUGGCCAAGGCGUGGGGCUUCUACUCGGCCGCUGAAGCUGUCCAGGGGCUCCGCAGACAUCUGAAGCCGGGAGCCACCUUGGUCUGUGCCUGGGCUGAGGAGGGGGCUGACGCAAUAGGACCGGACGGGGUGCUGGUGCACUCAGACGCCUUCCCCCCCGAAGUGGUUGUGGACACCUUGGGUGCUGGGGACACCUUCAACGCGGCCGUGAUCCUGGCCCUCAGCAGGGGGAGGCCCCUGGCUGAGGCAAUCACCUAUGGGUGUCAGGUGGCUGGCCGGAAGUGCGGGGUGCAUGGCUACGAUGGCAUCGUGUGAGCUGCAAGCUGCAAGCCAUGUCUGCCCAUCUGUCUGGGGAGCUUCACCUCGCU